CAGAGCCGCUCUCGCGUCGCCUCCCUCGUCUGACCGAACGGCUGCCGCCGCGGGGGCUGCGCCAGCCCGCCGUCCCGGGGCUCCGGGAAUCGAACUCACGACCUUGCGCUUGCCAGCAGCCAUGGCAAUGACAGGCUCAACACCUUGCUCAUCCAUGAGUAAUCACACUAAGGAAAGAGUGACAAUGACCAAAGUGACACUGGAGAAUUUUUAUAGCAACCUUAUCGCUCAACAUGAAGAACGAGAAAUGAGACAAAAGAAAUUGGAAAAAGUGAUGGAAGAAGAAGGCCUAAAAGAUGAAGAGAAACGGCUCAGGAGAUCAGCGCAUGCUCGGAAGGAAACAGAAUUUCUUCGUUUGAAAAGAACAAGACUUGGAUUGGAAGAUUUUGAGUCCUUAAAAGUCAUAGGCAGAGGAGCGUUUGGUGAGGUGCGGCUUGUUCAGAAGAAAGAUACAGGGCAUGUAUAUGCAAUGAAAAUCCUCCGUAAAGCAGACAUGCUUGAAAAAGAGCAGGUUGGCCACAUUCGUGCGGAGCGUGACAUUCUAGUGGAGGCAGACAGUUUGUGGGUUGUGAAAAUGUUCUAUAGUUUUCAGGAUAAGCUAAACCUCUACCUAAUCAUGGAGUUCCUGCCUGGAGGGGACAUGAUGACCUUGUUGAUGAAAAAAGAUACUCUGACUGAAGAAGAGACUCAGUUUUAUAUAGCAGAAACGGUAUUAGCCAUAGACUCUAUCCACCAGCUCGGAUUCAUCCACAGAGACAUCAAACCGGACAACCUUCUGCUGGACAGCAAGGGCCAUGUGAAACUUUCUGACUUUGGCCUUUGCACAGGACUGAAGAAAGCACACAGGACAGAGUUCUAUAGGAAUCUGAACCAUAGCCUCCCCAGUGAUUUCACUUUUCAGAACAUGAAUUCCAAAAGGAAAGCAGAAACCUGGAAAAGAAACAGACGUCAGCUAGCCUUCUCCACAGUAGGCACUCCUGACUACAUUGCUCCUGAAGUGUUCAUGCAGACCGGGUACAACAAGCUCUGUGAUUGGUGGUCGCUUGGGGUGAUCAUGUAUGAGAUGCUCAUUGGCUAUCCUCCUUUCUGUUCUGAGACCCCUCAAGAGACGUAUAAGAAGGUGAUGAACUGGAAAGAGACUUUGACUUUUCCUCCAGAAGUCCCCAUCUCUGAGAAAGCCAAGGAUCUCAUUCUGAGAUUCUGCUGUGAAUGGGAACAUAGAAUUGGAGCCCCUGGAGUUGAGGAAAUCAAAAAUAAUGCUUUUUUUGAAGGUGUUGACUGGGAACAUAUCAGAGAGAGACCUGCUGUGAUAUCUAUUGAGAUCAAAAGCAUUGAUGAUACUUCAAACUUCGAUGAGUUCCCAGAAUCUGAUAUUCUUAAGCCAACAGUGCCCACAAGUAACCACCCCGAGACCGACUACAAGAACAAAGACUGGGUCUUCAUCAAUUACACGUACAAGCGCUUCGAGGGCCUGACUGCCAGGGGCGCGAUACCUUCCUACAUGAAAGCGGCGAAAUAGGACCCUUGCUGCGGAACCCUAAGCGGAGCGAGGUCUCUGUAACGUCGCGGUUCUCCUCUGUACUCUUUUCAAAGAGCCUCCAAGCAGUUCAUGGCACCCAUCAUCCGUCAGCAUCAGCAGUCUCCUGAAGAGUGGUAGUACGCAGGCUCUCUUCCAUCACACAUUUAAAAACUGUCAGAACAGUGACGACCAUGUCUACGUCAGCCAUAAACAGCUGUCUUGCUUCUUUAGAAGCGUCGUGAGCCAAUCUGAUAGGUAUUUGAAAAAAGAAUUUCAGUUUUCCCAAGUUUAUCAGAAUGAAGGGGAACAGCAGCCAUCUUCCAAACUUACUGAGCUAACGUGUACUCGCCGAGUAUCAGCCAGCCCUGCGAUAGUCACGUGCUGCCUGCCAAGCCCACCAAGUAUUUCUUCUGUAUAGUUAAAGCUUCCACAGUACUGAGGAAAUAAAGCAAUAACGAGCCUCAGCAGCCAGCGUCCUGGCUGACGGGAAUUACCAGCUGUCCCCGGGGGCGGGAUGGUAGUUUCUCCCCAUACCUCGGCUGGAGCAAGUGGCUUUUCACAGCCUCCGUUCAUGGUGCACUUUAUUUAUGGUACUAAGGACACAGACCCUCAGUCCCCUGCUUAGCUCAACCUUCCCGCCCAGCCGGAAGACUCGCACUGCUCUUCGGAGUGUUGAUGGGGGAGAGCAGUUCCCACAGGCCCAGAAAGCCACUGGGCAUCGCCAAGGAGUCUGGAUCGUGCGUGAACCCUCACUUCUCUCACGGCUCUACCGGAAAAUCCCUAAGACCUCUGUUGUGGACCAGCAGUACCUGCCAGUGCGGCCGUAGGAACUCAGCUGGUUCCUGGGAACGCAGUAGGGGGAGCCCAGCCAGAAGCAGGGGCCUGGCCGCCUCUUCACUGAGAUGCUACCCCUCAGGAUCCCCAGGCCCUCCUGGGAAUGGCUAGGGAAGAGGCCCCUCGGAGCGUGCACAGCCGGCAGUCCCUGGAAAGCACUCCUUGAUCCCUGGUCGGCUGUGUUUUUUAUCUCCCUUCUUGGUAUUUGUCCUCCCCCAACUUUGAGUAGCCAUUUUGCCUUGGAAUCAUGAUUACAAAGUUUUCCUUUACAGAUGCCUUCCUGGGGGAGCGCCCCCCCAGCCUAAAGGGUUGCCUGCAGCUUAUGCUGACCAGGCAUAAGCUGCUCUCGAGACCCUCUGAGUUUUAUUUUAGCACAAGUGCCUUCUCUUUCACAGCUGCCACCUUUAGGGGACCUUUGCUGCAUCAGGAAAAUGUAGAGGUUGUUUUAAAAGCUCUUAAAGCAUCAUUUGCACCUGUGUGGGAACUGUGUUGCAGAGUAUCAUGGCGGGGCGGCACUAGGAGACUGCUUCCUGUUCCUCUUGAGGGAAAGUGAGCCCCAGCUUAACCAUGCGGAAACACGGUAUCAGUUACAGUUCUAAGUGAAACUGCUUUGGGUUCUAGUGUCUUAGAUAAAAGAGUAUUAGGGAAGGCUUGACUGGAUAAACACAAUGUGUUUGCCCCUUAAUCUCUCAUUCAUAGCCUGUUAGUGAAAAGGAAAUGAGAUUUUUGUGUAACUUCACAGCCUUUGUAAUUACCAAAUAGCUGGGGUCCUGCCCCCGGUGUGUUUUGCAAGAGCGUGUGGUAAGCUUGGGUAGAUAGGAAACGAGUAGUGGUAGUGGCUGUUGGGGCGUGGCAGGGGAAGGGCCCACAUUUUAACUGUAAACUUAUCAAUAAACUUGGUGCAAACAGUA